AUGGCUAUUGAUAACUUUACAGUGACCUCUAGUCUGUUUAUGCCAACAGUUAGAAUCACUACUCCUAAUUUAGACGUGUUUCACCACACUAUUGAGGUACGUAACUCAUACAGCUAUACAUCACUACUUGGCUUUAAUGCAAGUAGCUCCAGCACUGUCGGGAAGAGAGAGGACUUCAAUGAAGAAAACUUUAGUAAAGGAGGAUUAGAGUUUACACACUAUUAUGUAGCAGAUGAGGAUGGUGAUAGAGGCAUUUUAAGUCAAACAAAUGAUUGGGGCACGAUAUAUGAUCAAACUAAAUGUCAAGCAAAUAAAGAUAUCAAGAACAAUCAUAAAAGAGAUUUUGUCAAAUAUCAAAUAUAUGACAACAACAAUAAAGGUACUAUAGCUGCUGGAACUAUCGUUGGUUUUACAAGUAAACCAGUAGGGUUUCAUGGCAUCAAUCAGGAGCCAAAUGCUGUUCCUAUAGACACAAGCUGUGAAAUUAAGUAA